AUGGGGUACAGCUGGUAUGACUUUGUGUCAAAUCAGCGAUUGUUCCGUGAGACUGAUUUGAGUCCGAUAACCAACAUAGUCAGUCAACGCCAACUGCGACUAUAUGGGAGUAACUUGGAAUGGGAAGGGAGCCUGCAUGGUGAUAUAGCCAGGCAUGACCGUCUGGAGUGGCGCCAUAGCACCAUAAGAGAUAGCUACCGAGCUAUUAACAGACUUCUUAAGUCCGGUGGUCAACAUGACUGGAUUUGUCCAGACUGUGAGAAUUAUAAUGAAACACCCAUGCCAUCUGAAAACCCCUUUAGUGAACAGAGUUCAUUAGAGUUUGGCCACGAUCUACACCCUAUUGCCGAAUCAACUGCUGUUCGUGAGAGAAUUUCUCUUGAUGCACCAACAUUGUCUACUUCAACUGAGAAUUUGACAGCAGACACAUCACUUGUUCAGUCUAAUGGUGUAGGCCUACCAGUAGAAUUCAAUGUUGACGAGACUAUUGAAGAUGUUUCUCAGCGACUGGAGACUUCCAUCCAGCCCCAAGCAAUUCCUGCUGACUUACCAGAGGGCAGACCAAUUCAGUGGACUGUAUGUAUAUACGGUACUACUUGAACAGUUGGCUCCUAGAAAUAUUUUGAUAUAGUUUAUUCUUAGUAGCCGUUCCAGGCAGUCCUCCAAGAAUAAACAAGCAAAAUUGCACGAGCUGUGGCUGAAAUACGAAAGUCGAGAACUUACAACGAGUGCUUUCCUCUCAGAGUGUGUACCUUUGGUACCUUUAUAAGUUCUUUUAAAGUUUUAAGAUAUA